CAACCCAAAUCACAUUACAAAACUCGCACACAAAGUAAACCCUAAAAACCCGAUCGGGAACAAAACAACGUGUUUGUUCAUCAGAACUCAGUCACUCAGCGAUCGAUUCAUACAGAUUUCGCUACAAUCAAUAGUAUUCUUACAUACAGAAUGAAACCGGUGCCGAUAUUGCUAUUGAUGCUAGUUCUGGUGCAAAAUGGUGAAUCUGUGUGGUUAAGUUUACCUGAAUCGGGAGUCAAGUGUGUGAGGGAAGAAAUUCACAACAAUGUCGUCGUUAUCGGCGAGUACCUCGUCAUGACAUUCGAAGGUCGCCUUCAUUCUAAUCCCACAAUAUCCGUCACGGUUACAUCACCUAAUGGAAACAUUCUUCAUCAUAAGGAGAACGUAACACAUGAAGAAUUUUCCUUCACAUCAAGUGGGUCUGGUUUGUAUAUGGCAUGUUUCUUGUCUGACCACCCUGAUAUAGGUGGUAAAUUAAGUGUUAGUAUUGACUGGAGAGUAGGAGUUGCAGCUAAGGAUUGGGACUCCAUUGCUAAAAAAGAACAUAUUGAUGGCGUUGAACUCGAGUUGAGAAAGCUUGAAGGAGCUGUAGAUGCCAUUCAUGAGAAUAUGAUAUACCGCAUGCGCAGGGAGGCGAAAAUGAGGGGAGUAAGUGAGACCACCAAUUCUCGGGUGGCAUUGUACAGUAUCUCAUCGUUGAGUAUCUGCAUUUUAGCGUCGUGUGCACAACUAUGGUACUUGACUCGUUUCUUCCGAAACAAGAAACUGAUCUAGAUUAUAAGCCCCUCGUUGUAAUGUUGCGAGACCAGACUUAAAUCAAAGAAUUAUUGUUCUACUUUUUUUCUUGAUUAAGAUGGCUUUAUGAUUCA